UACUGGACGAAUGAAAAAUAAUGACAUGAUACGCGACAAUUAGUUGAAGGAGAUUUUAAAAGUAUGAAGGUUGACAUGAAAUGCGCUACUCUCAAACUACUCUGGAAGUGGAACGCGCAAAACGAGAUAAUAAUGUCGAGAGUAUGAGUUUGCCUAAAAUAUAAUUAUUUGGUCUACACCGUUGCAUGAUGAGCGAGGAAGAGGACUGGUAAAACGAAUACAUGGAAAAGAAGAAACAGCACUGGGCCGGCAGGGGAAGUAUCCGGAAGAGAAAUUGAUUUUUUGAUUAUUAACGAGACGAGGACGUGAAGCUGAAAGCUGAAGACAGAUAUCUUACUAACUAGGCUUGCGUGUAGAGUUCCAUUUUACAAUCAAUUGGAUUGAUUAAGUGAAGUUUAGGAAACGCAAAAAGCGUGUGGGUGCUGUGACCAUUCUUCCCAAAGUUCCUGACUGAAAUAAAUGACAAAGAUCCGGGUCUAUUAUCGGACCACCACAGAGUCAACACAUGAUGAGCAACAGCAGUAAACGAGUCCAGCCAAGCUUCACUGUCGCCCCGGUGGUCCAGAGCAAGAUGCCCCGGCUGGAAGGGCCCGUCAUUGGUAGCGUGGCAUCUACAGAGGCAGGAGGGCUCUCUAAACCAGCCAGCCUGGCUCACUACCCCUCUGCCCCCCACCACACACCCCAGACCCAGGCUCUGCAGAACAACAGGGCCUACUUCACCUAUGACCUUGGGGGUCACGACCUCUCAGACCCUGACCUCCAACCUUCCUGGAGCCCCUCUGAGGGGUUGCUGCUGAACAGGAGGAAUGUGGGGGUUUCCCCUCAGAGCCCGGAGGAGGGGUCGUUACGAAACCACAUAGUUUACAGUGGGACAGAGACCUUUUCUACUGAGAGUAGUAGUGUUAGUGGUAGUAACUCUGUCUCUGCGACUGCUCAGGACACUCCAGCUAAGCAGGGUUUUACCUACUACACCAGGAGCCCAGGCGGGCUGAGGAGUCCCACCAGCGUGCCUGGGACCAUCGCUAUGCCCAUUGCUGUGAGGAAGCAGCCCCCUGUUGGAGGACUUAGCCUCUCCCCUCAGUCUGAGAACUCUGUCUGUCUGAGUCUGGCUGUUCCCAAACCGCUCUACGGACACCCCUCCCCCUGCUGUUCUGAGCUGGGCUGUACUGUAGGACAGAGGCACAGUCUGGAGCAGAGGGGGGGAGUACACAGGAUCCAUCCCCAUCUUAAUGUGUAUGAGGGGUGGAUGUAUAGUCCUCGCUCCCACCACCACCCCAGGGCUCUGCAGCCGGAGCACGGUGUUGAGACAGAGAGACUAUCAGACAGAUUGCCUCUAAAAGAUGGCAAGAACCACCAGCACCAACCCAAUGGAAUCCCCAACAGAGCAGCAUCGGCACAAAGGUUUCCUGUCUUCAUGGAACCAACCUACAGCAUUGGUUACCCAUGUUCCCCGGCCCGUGCCGUACUAAGCCCCUCCUCAUUUACAUGUGACCCCCUCUCUUCACAGUUAAGCGCCUCCCCCUAUGGGGCUGAUCAAUGCCAACGUCUACAAAUCCCCUCUAAACGUCCCACCUAUCACAGCUUGGUCUCUUCCCACCCCUCCUGCUCUUCCUCUCACCCCUCCUGCUCUUCCUCUCACCCCUCCUGCUCUUCCUCUCACCCCUCCUGCUCUUCCUCUCACCCCUCCUCCCAUCCCUCUCACCCCUCCAUCCAUCCCUCUCACCACUCCUCCCAUCCCUCUCACCACUCCUCCCAUCCCUCUCACCACUCCUCCCAUCCCUCUCACCCCUCCUCCCAUCCCUCUCACCAUCCCUCUCAUCCCUCCUGCCAUCCCUCUCAUCCCUCCUGCCAUCCGUCUCAUCCCUUCCACCCGACAACAUACAAACCCAUGAGCCCUUUGCACCAUGGCGUUCCGGUAACAUCACAGGUUUCUCAGGGCCGCUCUCCUCCCAAUGUGGCCAAAUACAGCCAGCUCCCAGUCACACAGCCCAUGUUUUACUACCAUCCUCAGGCAAAUGUGGAGGGAGAGAGUGAGAGUUGUGGAGCAGGGUUUAAAGAUGCAGGAGGAGGAAUGCACAGAGACGGAGACUGGGAGGAUGUUAUGGUCCCUAAAGGUUCUAAACGACCCCGACCUCCCAGUCCCACCCAGACAGGACCCCACCUAGCUUCUCAUCUUCCCAGCAAAGCAACCCCCUCCCACUACCUUGUCACCCAGUCUAUGUACAGUACUGAUGUCCCCAUGUCUAGCCACAUGGCUCCUAGUAGCCACCCAUACCUCAGGAGUUUUGACCAGCCCUCCUAUCAUCAAUUGUACAGGAUGCCCCUGAAUGCAGCAGGUCAGAUGAGAACCCCUGCUAUAGCCCCAGAGAGACCCUGUGCCUCUCCAUCUCCCCCCAGCAGCCUACAGCGGACUGAGAGACCCCUGGACUACUCCCUGACUCAGUACAGAUCUCCAGUCACCUCUCCUCAGGUCUCCUCCCCCAGGAGACACCACCUAUCUCGGGGACACUCUGACUCCACACUCCCUGGAGCCCCACUGACUGUCUCCACCACACUGUCACGGGCUGACUAUGUCCAUCACAACCACCCAGCCAACCACCACCACCACCACAGCAACAACCAUGCUACUACAGCCAUGUGUACAACUGCUGUAAACUAUGGCAACCACAACCACCACACAACUACAGCCAACCAGAACAACCACCAACACACAACUACACGUAACCAUCACAACGCCACGUGUCGGGGAAUGACUGGUUCUACUGUAGUGAGGCUUCGAGACAGUCCUGUCCCUCAGUCUAAUGUGCAUGGAGACAUGAUCACUACUGGUACAGAAACGCUGAAGAGAUGUGUCUCAGUCUCAGACCGACCCAUCAACAUAGACUCCACCUCACCAAAACACACACAGGACAAUGGGGAUGACGUCAUUGAUGUGGAACUGUAUCAGAAACGACAGAAGAUGAAGACGAACGGAGAGGGAGAGAGAGCAGAGGGAUAUAGAGCAGAGGGAGGGAGAGCAGAGGUGAACGGAGAGGGAGGCGGACUCGAUAGCUGUCAGUCUCCCUCUCCUCCCAUGCCAGUCAUCAACAAUGUUUUCAGCCUGGCUCCAUACAAGGCUUACCUAGAGGCUGCUGGCAUGCUGUCUCUACCUGUUAGAGGAUCUCAGAAAACUGACAGCCAGCCUUCUGGACACUGUGUGCUCAAACCUGAGACCCAAUCAGACCCUCACAGACGUCAUCAACACAGACAGGAAACAGGUCCUACAUCUGACCCACACAGGCCUGAGAGAGACCCUGAACGAGAGGAAGGGAAGCCUGUAUCAAUCAAUCACAGGAUUGGUAACCAUGUAGUCCGACCAGCCUCAGAACAGCAGAGGCCUGUAGUCCAGCAGAGGAUUCUGGGUACUGUAGUCAGAUCAGACACAACACAGAAGAAGCCUGAAGUGCCUUUUUUUAGUGAACCACCGCAGGAACCAGAGAGGGAGGUGGAUGUGAAGACUGACGAUUUGCAGAUUAAAGUCGUUAAGGAAGAGGAGGAGGAACCACAGCAAGAACCAGAGAGGGAGGUGGAAGUGAAGACUGAUGACGACAUGCAGACUAAAGUGGUUAUUAAGGAAGAGGAAGAGGAAGAGAUGGAGGUGGCAGCAGCAACAACAGAGCCGGGUGUGUUUGUACAUGAUCUCACCGUGGGUGUUAUUAAGAAAUGUGAAUCUGAUCAACUGGACAGUAAAUUGUCAAUAGCGUCAGAUAAAUAUAUUUCUAUUAUGUCAGCUACAGAUAGAUGUGUGAUGGAAGGAUCUUUUACUUACAACGAGCACCACCAUCAGUCCCAAACUCAGCACCACCAUCAGUCCCAAACUCAGCACCACCAUCAGCCCCGGUCCAACCACCAUCCAUUCCAUCCCCUGUCCAACCACCAUCCAUCCCAGCCCCUGUCCAACCACCAUCCAUUCCAUCCCCUGUCCAACCACCAUCCAUCCCAGCCCCUGUCCAACCACCAUCCAUUCCAUCCCCUGUCCAACCACCAUCCAUCCCAUCCCCUGUCCAACCACCAUCCAUCCCAUCCCCUGUCCAACCACCAUCCAUCCCAUCCCCUGUCCAACCACCAUCCAUCCCAUCCCCUGUCCAACCACCAUCCAUCCCAGCCCCUGUCCAACCACCAUCCAUCCCAUCCCCUCUCCAACCACCAUCCAUCCCAUCCCCUCUCCAACCACCAUCCAUCCCAUCCCCUCUCCAACCACCAUCCAUCCCAUCCCCUGUCCAACCACCAUCCAUCCCAGCCCCAGUCUGAGCACCAUCCAUCCCAGCCCCAGUCUGAGCACCAUCCAUCCCAGCCCCAGUCUGAGCACCAUCCAUCCCAGCCCCAGUCUGAGCACCAUCCAUCCCAGCCCCAGUCUGAGCAACAUCCAUCCCAGCCCAAGUCCGAGCACCAUCCAUCCCAGCCCCAGUCUGAGCACCAUCCAUCCCAGCCCCAGUCCAACCACUAUCCACCCAAUCCGCCGCAGCCCCACCUACGUCCCAAAUCAACAACUCCACCCCAACCCCUCUCAAUAAGGCAUAGGAAAGUUGGCGCGUUCAACCAUAACAUACACCACCCUCCCCAGGCCCAUCAGAAGCCCUAUGACCAGACUGCUACACCACACCCCAAAUCAUCCAGCCCUCCCCAAGCCACCAACCCAGCCACGACCAAACUGAACCUUCAAAACAUCCCUCCUCAAUGUCUCAAACUAUCCACUUAUAAGAUCGUCCUGCCAGAUAACAUGCUCCGGGCUGUUGCUCCCCCUCCCUGCUCUACAGAGGUCCCACAGUCACCCACUGACGCUACAGCUGUAGCCAAAUCCAGCCGCAGCCCUCAUGCCCUUUCAGACAGCAACUACAGCUUCCGACCAGCCAGACAGCACUUCCUAGAGCUGCACCUCUUACUUUGUAACCUGGUUUCCAGCUGUGUGUCCCACACCCCACCCACAGAGCUCCAAAUCUGGCUGUCCCAGCUGGACAUCUCCCUUACCUCCACCGCCAUUUCCCCACCCAAGGCCCAGAAGGUGACCUCUCUGCUGGGUUCUGAGGCCAGGGAGGUGUGGCUGAAGGAACCAGAGAACCAGGCUGCCCUCCAGAAUGUGCUCCAGAGACUGGGGCAGUAUGUAGCCCAGAAGCAGUGUCCCUUCCCCCAUGUGAUGAGGGCAGGCGCGGUGUUUGUUCCCAUGCUGGUGGUCAAGGAGCUGCUCUUCCCUCAGGUCCAGGGGGUCUACAUCGACCAGGUUCUCCAGGAGCACAAGGUGGAGUUGAGACCUACCACUCUGUCUGAGGAGAGACACCUGGUGACGCUGCAGAAACGACCAUGUUCCUCCAAGCUCCGCAGGCUCCUGUCACUCAAACACCUGCCUAACAUCUACCCUGACGUUCUCAACCUCUACUAUCACAGCUGUGUCUGCAAGAGCCUGGGUGUAGAGCCAUGUGACACGGCCAGGACACCAGAAGGAACGCUGUGUUCAGAGGAUAGCUCUGCCAGUGGGCCAUGUUCACAACCCAACAACCGCUGUGACAUUGGAACACAGACCACCACCUCACCACAACACCUGGAGGAAUGUAUCAGUCCGUCUCAGACCCAGAGCUGCAGAGCCACAGCUAGCCUCUCCUCUCAGAGACCGCGAGAGGACCCGAAGAGAGGAUCAUCAUCAUCCUCACACUUUAAGAUACACAAGAGGAAAGAGGGGAAAGGCAAGAAGAAGAAGAAGAGCUUCCCCAAACCUCUGUUUGUAGGGACGAGGGAUCACACGGUGUUGGAGGGUGGUGGGAGCACAGCGCAGGCUGGAGACUGGAACAUUCUAAAGAACACUGUUAAUCAGGAGGAGGAGGAAAGGAACGGCCGGCCAGUGUGGAGCAGUGAAAAUGCAGGCAGUGACUCUGACAGGAGGGAUGGAAAGAGUGAUGGAGAGAAAAGGGGAAAGGGGGAUGGAGAGCGGAAUGGAGGCAAUAAGCUGGAGGAAGAGGAGGAGCCAUCAGCCACACCCCUGCUGGAGGAGGAGGAGGAGUCUAACUCAUGGACGUGCCCUUUGACCUCAGACGAGCUGUCUUCGUCUCCUAGCAACAGGAAUCGAGCCUCCACACUAUUGUCCGUGCCGUCCUACAAGACCCCAUCCUCAGGUUCAGCCUGGUCCCAGGGCCUCAGGACGAAGAACCAGUCAGGGAUGAUCCUCAAGCUGAGGAAGGUGUUGUUUCCUGAGGGACUUAAAGGACAACAGACCCGAUACCAGGCUGUCUCUGUCUCAGACCCUGAACUGCGCCGACACAGUCAGCCUCCUCUCUCAGACAGCCAGCCUCUCCUCUCAGAGACAGAGGAUGGGGAAGCCAGGGGAAAGAGGGACAGGGAGGGGGACAGAGGAGAGGCCAGGGAAAGAACCAGGGAUGGAUGUCUUUCCAGGAGGAUGUCCUCCAAGCUCCCCCAGCGAGGGCUGCAUUUCGGCGGCUUCUCGUCUACCCUGCGCCACCUCACCACCUUCUCAUCCUUCAGCCGACUGCCCUCCUCUCUGGCCUCCUCCCUGCGCCGCUCCGUCAUGAAGAUCAAGUACUGCCCCUUCUUGUCUGCCUGCCACAGCUCUGACCACCGCCGACGCCGCUGGAUCCUUCGCUCCGCCGUGCAGCGCGCCCGCUCCGUCAUGAAGAUCUAUUACCCAGACCUGGUGGGGAGACGGAUACAACACCUCUACGAGGAGGGGGACGGGACGGAGGUGUGGUACAGGGGUCUGGUGGUGCAGGUACAUGAGCCACACCCUAACCCCUUGAAGACUGUGUUCCAGGUGAAAUAUGACUCUGAACCAGAGUGGCAGUACUACUUGGAGCUGCUCAUAGACUAUAAUAAGGGUUGGCUAAAAAUAGAGGACUGAGACAGGGCCGAGACAGGACUGAAGCCUAACUGGGCGUUUUGUCUUGUUUGGUUUUUGAAGAAUGGCUGGCUUGAAAAAGAGGAGUGAAUCCUGGUGAAACAUUAUUUUUCCUGUGUGUGUGUGUGUGUGUGUGUGUGUGUGUGUGUGUGUGUGUGUGUGUGUGUGUGUGUGUGUGUGUGUGUGUGUGUGUGUGUGUGUGUGUGUGUGUGUGUGUGUUUGUGUGUUU